UCGUGUGGGAUAGUUUGGUUGGAUGGCAACUGUUUAAUAUAAGCAAGAAGCUUGUUAAAAAAAAUUAAAAAAUCAAGACAUCAGCGCUCAUGCCAUCGGAGACAAUAUGUAAAAGCGAAGCGGCAGCCGAAAAUCCCAAUGUUUAAAUUGCAUUUAUUGCCCAACGACUGCAAUAGCAACUUUCUGAUCAUUGGGAAAACAAAACAUAGUAAAACCGAAAUACAUGUCGGAUUUAAGAUUGAUUUAAGCGUGAUCACAAGCGCUGAGCAAUCUUUAGGGGACAUAUGUCCUUUUCUAGAUAAUUUAUUUCCCCGGCAUUGUUUUCAAAAGGAAUAAAACCGCAUCGUUGUUCUGCUAAAAUAGGUGACCGAGACUAAGGGUACAGGAUGGGUAGUCGGACACAUUUCUCGGUUGCACAAGGGGCGGUGGAACAAGAUGGCGCUGCCCAGGUGGAGGGCUUGCACGAAAUAUCCUCGUACUUGACACGUAGCGAAAAUAAGAUUAGUCCCCGUGUAACGGUUAUAGAAGACGGAGAGGAAGAAUGCUACUUUCAGCGCGUUAGAGAGACUAAACCCAGAAACAACAGGUGAUCCCUACGUGUGAUUAUUUCCCGGCGGCGGUGUUCAUCCUCGGGGUGCAGGGAUGACGGAGGGGGAGAAACCCGGCUUUGCGUCAGAGACUUUUGUCCUGGCGGGACCGAACGGGCGGAGCGCAGGAGGAGGAGGUGAUCCGGGGGAACAUGUUUUUGUCCAGGACCACCAGGAGGAAAAACCCUGCAGCAGGACAAGUGACAUGAAGCACAAAUGCGCUGCUUACGUUCUGGCCCUGAGGCCGUGGAGCUUCAGUGCCUCUCUGACUCCGGUAGCUCUGGGCGGCGCCCUGGCCUACAAGUCCGAGGGCUCCCUUGACUUCGUGAUCCUGCUGGUGAGCGCUGUGGCCGUCCUGGUGGUUCAUGGAGCUGGAAACUUGGUGAACACUUACUAUGACUUCUCCAAAGGGAUUGACCACAAAAAGAGUGAUGACCGGACACUGGUUGACCAGAUUCUGGAGCCCCAGGAUGUAGUCAUGUUUGGAGCGGUUCUAUACUCCCUGGGAUGUUUGUGUGCAACUUGCCUGUAUUUUCUGUCCACUCUGAAGCUGGAACACCUGGCUCUUAUAUAUUUUGGAGGCCUGUCGAGCUCUUUCCUCUACACCGGAGGUAUCGGGCUGAAGUACGUGGCCCUGGGCGACGUCGUGAUCCUGAUCACCUUCGGGCCGCUGGCCGUCAUGUUCGCCCACGCCACGCAGGUGGGCUACCUCUCCGUCCUGCCCCUGCUCUACGCCAUUCCGCUGGCCCUCAACACUGAAGCCAUCCUGCACAGCAACAACACGCGGGACAUGGACUCGGACCAGCAGGCGGGCAUCGUGACGCUGGCCAUUCUCCUCGGGCCCGCGCUGUCUUACAUGCUCUACAACCUGCUGCUCUUCAUGCCCUACAUCCUGUUCUCCAUCCUCGCCACGCGCUGCACCAUCAGCAUGGCGCUGCCCCUGCUGACCCUGCCCAUGGCCUUCCCCCUGGAGAAGCAGUUCAGGAGCCAGUGCUACUCCAAGAUUCCCCAAAAGACUGCAAAGCUCAAUCUCUUAAUGGGACUCUUCUAUGUCUUUGGUAUUAUAUUGGCACCUCCAGGGAGCCUGCCAAAAGUGUAACCCCCACCCCAUCUCCAUUGAUUUUGAUAAACGUGUUUUUUUUAUGUUGGUAUUUUGUUAUAGAGUUAUUAAGAUCAAGGGCUUUCAUUUCAUUAAUUCAAAUGAGUGCAGAGAAGGACGUGCAAUUAUUAUAGAUAGGACAAGUGUCUUGUUCUUUGCCCUUUUAUCUCAUUCAGGCUUGUUUGCUCUCCAAGCUGAAAUGUUUUUUACUCCGUGGUGAUUUUCUGCAUAUUGAUCUUAAUUGAAAUAUAUGCAGAUUACAGUGACUGAUGGAAUUUUUUACUCCGUUAACAAAUAUCUAGGUGUGCACUGCAAGUUUUAAUUGUAUCGGACUAGGUGCCUAACUCAGACGUCAGUGAGUAAUAGGACUCUCAGUGUUAAGACUUCUAUUUGUCUGCUUUGAUUAUUGUUUUUUAAUUUGGAUACAAAUGUAAAAUCCCACGUUCAUAUUUGUUGUUUCUGCUUUUCAUACUUUUUAUUUUGUUAACUGUAGUAAUUUUAAACAACUUUAAUCUAGUAAAAUCUUUAUUUUUAUGAAACACCAUCUAGAUUUGAUAAGAGAACAAUCACUUCUGUUAUCCUCUAUAAUUCUGCAAAGCAAUCUGUCUCUGUGAAGGUUAUGACAAUUUUCUGUUAUUUAUUUACUGUACAUUUGUCCAAACUAUCAUCAGUAUACAGACCCUUUAUUUUUGUUCUUAUCUCAUGAUGACAUAUUGUGAAAUUGUAUGCCACCUGUUGUCUUUGUUAUUUUCUCUCUGUGCCGUAAUGUGCCUCUUGAGAACCACAGGAAAUUGUUCUGUAUUUAUUCUAAUGUGGUGCUGCAGAGAAUGCAUGCUGUGUUGUAUUCAUUGGUAGUCCCAGGGUGUAGAGUUGUCUUCUCAGUCUUGGUUUCUCUCUAAAGUUCUUUGCAUUCCAUAGCAAUAUGAGUAAUGACUGGUUAGGUCAGAGAGAAAAUGCUUGUAUCACCCACUUUUCACUACUGAAUCCAUUAAGGGCAGCUUCUCUGUCCUAUGCAUCAAUUACUCUUUAGCUUUUUGAAAAUAUACUAGUUCCUCAAGAAACUAUUGUAUAUGUUUCUAUGGGGAGAUAUUCUAUACAGUAUUUAUUUGUAAUUAUUUUUUUAAAGAAUUAUGAAGCCAGGUACUGAAGGAAUCUUUGGCUUGAAGGUUUUCCCUUCUGUCGGUUUGCUUAGUUAACAGGGACUGUAUUGCUCUCUCCAUAUUGAAACAAGGAAGCAGAAGUGAAGUGCAACUCACCAGUUCUAUUAAAAAUUAAAAGGAAACUUCUUCUUU